CCCGCUGGACCAGACGGACAGUGGCCGGCAACACGAAAUUAGCGACCAUAUUCUGCGUCGAAAGAAAAACGCAUGAAAACUCGAAAACACGCGUUUUCCCAAACAUAAGACUAAUCUAGAUCGAUUGUAUACCCCCAAAAACCCCCAUAUACCAAAUUUCAGCGAAAUCGUUAGAGCCGUUUCCGAGAUCACAGAAAUAUAUAUACAAGAAUUGCUCGUUUAAAGGUAUAAGAUACUACAAUGAAGAGAUUGAAAGUCCAAUAUUUAUUGUUGCAAAUAGUUAUGUAUUCAGUAUUCAGUUAUAGUAUGUAUGCCUUGAGGUAAAAAAAAAAUUGAAAAGUGAUACUAGGUUGAAAAUUCUCAGUUUCCAUUUGCUCCUCGGACUUUUUCCAAAUACCCCAUACGGUUUCGGUUAAAUAGGAACGGCAUGUUUUUGAUUUCGUCCAAAUUUAGUAUGAUAAUAUUUAUUUAAAAUUAUUAUUUUCUAAUAUUCGCUAGACAUAUAACUAAACUAACGGUUAGCGUAAAAAAAUAUUCGGUUUGUGGCAUUAUUAUAUCUUUUCAGUAUUAGAAGUUAAAGUGUUUCCAAUUCCCUCACUUUCCCCUAUAUCGGGUUCGAAUCAAAAUUCAAUUUAAACAUAAACUGCUAGGUUAUUUUUUGACUGGAAAAUGACCCCUAGAAGAGUACAAGUAGGUUAUGCCAUGCCUUUGUAUCCUGUGACUCGAGCCGUGUUAUUGAUUUAACAGAACAACAUAACUUCCUUGACGACAAAUGGUUUGAUCACUAAAUAAGUACGUGUCUAUCUGCUAAACAGCCUGCAAAAGGCAGCGCAAUUUUAUAUCCGCUUCCAUCCGGGUAAGAGACCUUUUUUUUAUAUUAAAUAACAAGGCUAAAUUUGUUUUGAUAAACAUGACCUCAGCUGAAAAAGGAGACUACCUGUCAUUCGGAAAUAAAAAUUACGGUCUAAAGACUGUAAGAGAAUGGCAUGAACAUAACUUGGACGUCCUGAAAGGAGAUAUUAUCGGUACAACAGACAAGAACACGUCAAUAACGAAAAACUGCAUUGUUAAAGUGAACCAGACGUCCUGCCACGACUACAGCAACAGCACAAGUCAAUUGAGGCAUAGAGCGAGACACAUUAAUUACUGGAAGGCAGAGUUAGAAAGAGCAAUACGAGACAUCGAUGCGGAAAUAAUAGUCCUGGAAACACAAAGACAGCAACUCAAAAAUGCUAUGGAUACUUUGAAAAUACCCAAGUACAUUACUGAAGAGUGUCUUGAUGUCAGAGCGAACAGAAUGCAGUCAGACUUGGUUUACGACGAGCCCCAAGAAGCUUUAUUCACAGAGUCUGCUCUAAUAGAAAAUGUUAAAAGAUUGCACAGAGAAAUGCUUAGGGAUAUAGAGAAUCAGAUGGCGAUGAAUAUAGCAGCGAAGCAUGCGUUGGAAAGAGAUAGGAGUAAUAAAUAUUUGGCAUUUAAAUAUGAAAGUGAAAAUGCAGAGUUGGAAACUAAGGCUGUCAAUAUAAAGGAUUCAGCAGGAGCUACCAGAUUAUCUGAAGGCCAGUCCAAUGUGCAGUCUUGGGAAUAUAAUACUGUAUCGACUUUGGACCAGUUUAAGAUAGCGAUGGAGAAAUCACAAGCUUUAAGAGCUAAAGUCGAAGCGGCAUUGAUAAAUACGGCCAGGGAUUUGCGUUCACAAGAUAUCAAAGUAAACGAUGAAUUAUCUAAAACAAUCGCGAAAACUGAACAAGUAAAAAUCGAGUUGGAGAAUCAGUUGCGCUUAACGUUGCAGAAAAUAGUUGAAACUGAAAAUAUUUUGGAGACAUUGCACGAGGAAAUUAUGAAAGUGUCCCAGCGGAUCCAGGUGGCUCAAACCAGACUUCAUACUAAGAACUACAGACCCAACAUUGAGAAUUGUAGGGAAGGGUCCUUAGUUGGUCUUAUAGAAGAGGUAAAAGAUUUGAACGACAGCAUGACCCUUUUGCAAAAACGUUCAUUAGAGACUGAGAAGUUGAGGGCCGAAUUGAUUCACGAACGAGGAAGGCUAGAGAACGAGAUUAUCGUUAAGAAGAAAUCUCUUUUCUGCGAUAAUGAUAGGUGUUUUUUCCUUCGCUCGCACUAUCAGUCUGCAGAGAAGAUGUGUGGCCUUUAGGAGCAUUAUCAUUACAGCGAAUAUGAACAAUUGUUUGCAGUUGUAGUAGUGCUAUAGUGUCUACAUAUUUAUUAUUAGCAAAUUUACUUUAUCUACUUCUACACUGCAUCAGGUAUAUUUUAUGCAUUAAA